AUGUCUCGCGGAAGCAGUGCGGGUUUCGAUCGUCAUAUUACCAUCUUUUCACCAGAAGGGCGUGUGUAUCAGGUUGAGUAUGCGUUUAAAGCCAUCAAUUCGACUAAUCUGACGGCAGUGGCUGUCAAGGGUGUUGAUACAGCAGUGAUUGCCGUACAGAAGCGUGUUCCUGAUAGCCUUAUAGUAGCUGACUCGGUCACUUCAAUUUACCAAUUAUCGCCAACUGUUGGAUGUUGUGCUAUUGGAAUGAUACCGACGGGGACACUGCAAGUUCCAGCAAUGAUUAUGAUCUCAUUUGAUGAUGAAGAUGGUGCUGUCGUAUUCAAAGUUGAUCCAGCUGGAUACUAUCGUGGGAUGAAGGCUGUAUCGGUGGGAGUGAAGCAGGUCACCGCCUCGUCUUUCCUCGAAAAGAAGAUCAAGAAGAAAGCUGAUCUGAACCACGACGAGACGAUUCAACUGGCCAUCGAAGCUCUUCAGAGCAGUCUUGGAAUCGAAACUCGCUCGAAAGAUCUCGAAGUCGUAGUGGUUUCGAAGAAAGAUCAUACCUUCAAGAUGUCAGAUGAUGACUUCGAUGAAGAAAAACAUGAAAAGCUGCUGGCAAACGUGUUAGGGCGAAAAGAAAAGGCACAAAUCAAAAAAUCAUCAGUCAAGAUCAGUAGUGACCUGCUUAUAAAUUCAGUAAAACAGGCCAAAUUAUCAACAACUGUAGCAAAGAAGAAGUUAGAUUUGGAAAAGAAAGAAAAGAAACGUGUUGGAGCUAGCGAAACAGUAGCUGUUCCAGUACAUCGGCAAGCUAGUGAACGUAUCAAAGGAGCUGUUGGAUUCAUAGAACUCAAGUGCGGAAGAGAUGUUAUCUUCAUGAUUUUCUUUGAUGGUGGCAUUGCCCAUAUUAUUCAUCUACUAACCUUAUUAUCGGAAAGUCAAAGGAAUGAUCUGAAGGUCUGGAACGAUGUGGUGAAAACUAACCGGUUAGCUGAUCAGCUAUCGUUUCCAUUAGGCGAAGAACGAAUGCUAUCAACGGAGAAAGCAGCAGACAGAGCCGAAGCUUUCAGACCGAAAACGGACUUUGAGAAGAAGAUGAUGGAAAUGUGGAAUGGUUCAAAGAACAACUUGACAAAUGAUACGGUGUAUACAGAAGCUGAAUUGGAGAUUAUACGAGCGAUGGAUGUGAAAGAGGCAAAGGAAAAAUUGAAUCAAAUGCAAAAGAUGCGUGCUCUUAUUAGCUAUCGAGAAGCGAAGUAUCGGUAUGCGGCCAAGAUCAAGUCCAAGCGUUAUCAUCGCAUCCUCAAACGUCAGAAACGAAAACAGCUAAUCAAGGAGUUUGACGACCUGCUAGUUCGGGAUCCGGAGGCUGCCAAGGAAAAACUGCAAGAACUUGAAAAUCAGAGGAUUAUCGAACGCGGUUCUCUCAAGCAUCGUGCUCGGACAAAGUUCCAACAGGACAUAGUGAAAUAUGCUGGUCGGGAUGCUCGCGCCAAACAGGUGUUGGAGGAGCACCUCAGAAUUGGACGUGAACUUAAAUCCAAAAUUUCGAUGGAAUCUGAAAGCGAGGGUGAAGAAGGAGAAGAAGAGAAAAGCGGAUCUAAAAUGAGUGUCUCUGAAAUGAUCAAGAGCGCAGCACUGGCUGCAGCGAAAGGAGAUGGAGGCGAAGGUACGUCUGAUUCCGUUAUGGAUGCGAAAGAGGCUCAAACCGCGUUGUUCGAAUUAAGAGCAAAGAAACGGCGUCAAUUAGAGGCGCGAAGGACUCGAGCACGGUGGAAAAGCGUGGCGCUACGCUGCGUCGCCUAA